AUGCAAUAUGAGACAACAAUCAAAAUUAACGUUAAAAUCCUCAUCCCAUCUGUCACUCUUUUCCUCAGUUAUCCAAAUAACAAUAAUAUUGAAGUUGUUGCUGUUAAUGUUGAUAAACUGAGUCUGAAAUCAUCAAAAAUGGCUUUUGUCAACUUCAUUAAAUCAUUUCGAGGUAAUGAACCGGGCUUUUUAAGAUGGCAAAAGUCAAUAAUUGGUCGCACACCGCAUAUUGUAAUUGUUCAAUUGAGCUUCCCCGAAGAACACAGCAUAAACAAGGGAAAUACUUUUAGAACUACUGCACAACAUGAAACUUCAUACACGGAUUAA